AACUCAAGACAUCUCCAACACUUUUUCUAGGGUUAAGCUGUCGUCUUAUUUAAAACCCGGAGAAGGACUGUCAGUUCAUCUCCCUCUCUCUUCUCUUUUCCUCUCUGUUAUAAAUCAGGAUUCUAAGGAAAACAAAAAUAUAUACACGACUCAGCUUAUAUUUUUCCAAUAGAGAAAAUUCGAUGAUUUGAGUUUAGUUUUUUCUUUCUCGAAAGGUGUCUUGACAGCCCGUCUUUGUCUCAGUAGAGUCUUUAUUAGAUGAAGCAAAGAUACUUCUUUGCAGAAGAAGAGAGAGAAUAGUGUCUUCGAGCUAUAUUACUGCACGUAUUAGUUGUAGAUAGAUCCCGAUCGAACGUUGCUACUCAAACGAUCACGGUCUUGAUAUAACCAUUAACUAGUUCUCGAUCUCCAUAUAUUCCAACCAAACAAGAUGAAGAGAUCGCGUGGGAGCUCUGAUUCUUUGUCCGGUUUCUUACCAAUUUGCCACUCUGCAACAGACAAACAAUUAAGUCCAAGACCAACAGCCACCGGAUUUCUCUAUUCCGGCACCGGAGACUACUCCCCGAUGUUCGACUGUCUAGAAGAUGGAAGUCUAGAGGAUAUCGCCGUCGGACACGUGUCGUGUACGGCGGCAACGGAGAAAAAGCGGCGGUUGAGUGUAGAGCAAGUGAAAGCAUUGGAGAAGAAUUUCGAGAUUGAUAACAAGUUAGAGCCCGAGAGGAAAGUGAAGCUGGCUCAAGAGCUUGGGCUCCAACCGCGACAAGUGGCGAUAUGGUUUCAGAACCGCCGUGCUCGGUGGAAGACAAAACAGCUCGAACGUGAUUACGGCGUUCUUAAGUCAAACUUUGACUCACUCAAACGCAGCCGCGACUCGCUUCAACUUGAUAACGAUUCUCUCCGUGCAGAGAUUAAAGAGCUAAGAGCAAAACUAAACGUGGAAGGGAUCAGCAGAAGCAAUAGUAACGCGUCAACAGAAGAAAACAUCUUUUUAAAGGCUGAUGAAACCGUGAUGCCUAAUAACGAAGUCUUAGAGCUAAACCAGCUUCCUUCGCAACCACUGCCACAUAUUCCAACGGAAGCUCCGGCAUCGGAGCUUGCAUACGAGAUGUUUAGCAUUUUCCCACGUACCGAGAUCUUCAGAGAAGAUCCUGCUGAUAGUAGCGACUCAAGCGCUAUUCUGAACGAAGAGUAUAGUCCCACGGCGGCUGAAGCGGCCGCGGCUACGGCGGUUGAAAUGUCAACGAUGGGAUGUAUUGGCCACUUUGUGAAAAUGGAAGAGCAUGAAGAUUUGUUUAGUGGAGAGGAAGCUUGCAAGUUGUUUGCAGAUAAUGAGCAGUGGUAUUGCUGAGGAUAAAUUUGAAAUUUUUGAAAUUUGUAGGGCACUUAUGAAAAUGUUUCUCAAGUGAUAUGGGGUUGGGAAAUUUAAUUGCUUAAAUGGCGGGGUCUUAGUUGAGGAGGGGAAAUAAGUAAGUAUGAGGAUAACAAGUAAAAGAAAAAAAAACGAAAUAUCGCAUGCGGUUUCAUGCA